UCACGUAUGUGUUUACAUUUUGUGGUUAUCUUCAUUCUGACAUUAUAAGCCACAAAGGAACUAGUUAUAAUGGAAAAUUUAUAUUCAACGUUAGGAUGUCAAAACUUCGUUGGGGUAGAAGAGUUAAGAAGGUCAUAUCUUACUUUAGUGAAAGAAUUUCAUCCUGAUAAGCACAUAGACGAAAUCGGACACUCGUCAAAUUGUCCCAAUGAGAUUCACAAACCUGAUGUUAAAGAGGGACAAAAUGGACAAACGGUUGCGGGCAACAGACUUGAAAAAUUCAUAGCUAUCGAUAAAGCUUGGAAAAUAUUGAAAGAUAUAGAAUUGAAGGAGAAGUAUGAUUUAGUUUUAAAGCAAAGACUUUUAUGCCAGGAUUGGCCCAUUCAAGAUGAACUUGAAAUUAAUGAGUUUGAUGAAGACACACCCAAUUAUGUUCACGUGUGCCGUUGUGGUGGAAAAUAUAUUUUGAAUUCUACUGAUGUUCGAUUUCAUUUAGACUAUGUUUGCUGUGAUAGUUGUUCUUUGUGUGUAAAAAUUUUAUAUUUACAAGAAUUUCCUGAUUAAAAAUUUAAUUUAAUA